AUGCAGACUCGAAUUACAUAUCAUGGUGGUCACAGUGUUGAAAAAAAAAGACAUUCCUUGAAGGGAAUUAACCUUAUUUCCUUAGUGAGAUGAAUAAGAGAAGGAGCAACCAAUGUUGGCUAAUUAGCCAGACUUCAAUUGGGUGAAAGAAAAGAAAAUGUCGAUUUUCAUAAGUCACAAGCUCAGAGUAUCGAUCGGCUUAAGACUAAAGUAAGGUUCUUAGCCACCCAAAAUGAUCCCUCUGAAUCUCUAAUUCUACUGACCCUUGAUGAGCUCGCAAGUCUUGCAAGAUCUUACAGACAUGGAGAUCGGGAUAUUUUGGAGGAACUUGCCAGGCAGGCAUCCAGACAUCAGGGGGAAAUCAACUUGCCAACUUUGUGUCUUUCGGUUUUGGGAGGAUCUGCUGACGAUAAGGUCUCAAAAGCUUUGGCAAAGUGCAUAAAGGAAAAUAUUUAA